GGGUAGGCGUCGGUUGGAGGGAGUCGAACCUGCCGCGCUUGGGCCGGAGGGACUGUGGCUGUGCCGGGGAACCCCGGCUCUAGAAAUGUCUAAUGCAAGAGAAAAGAAACAUGCCAAGAAAAUGAGAAACCAGCCAACCAAUGUGACCUUAUCUUCAGGUUUUGGAGCUGUGGAUGAGAGAGGAGUAAAGCAUCAUAAUGGAAAUGAAAAGUCUUUCCAAUAUCAGAAACAAGAGUCCCAUUCUGGAGCUCCACAGCAUCAGCAGCCAAAAUCGACACAUGUACCUUCUGAACCUUGUAUGAAUGAACAGCCUUGCAAGAGUCAGUGCAGAGGAGAGAAGGGCAAAGGACAAGCAGGUUGGAGAGGAGGGCACCAAGGUGCUGCUCGGGAAAUCCCUAAAUAUAUAACAGCAUCUACUUUUGCACAAGCCCGAGCUGCUGAAGUUAAUGCCAUGUUGAAGGCAGUGACACAGAAAUCUUCCAAUUCACUCGUGUUUCAGACUCUUCCCCGACAUAUGAGAAGAAGGGCCAUGAGCCAUAAUGUGAAGCGCCUUCCCAGAAGACUUCGCGAGAUUGCUCAGAAAGAGGCUGAGAAAACAGAGCAUCAGAAGAAGGAGCAUUCAAAAAAUAAAUGCCGCAAGGCUCGGAGAUGUCACUUAAACCUGCUCUUGGAAUUUAAUCGGAGACAAAAAAAGAAUGUGUGGUUAGAAACUCACAUCUGGCAUGCCAAAAGAUUCCAUAUGGUGAAGAAAUGGGGAUACUGCUUAGGGGAGAGUCCCACCGUUAAGAGUUACAGAGCUUCUUACCGAGCAAUGACAAAGCAUUGCCUCCUUCAGGAUUUAUCAUACUACUGUUGUCUGGAGUUAAAUGGCAAAGAGGAAGAAAUACUAAAGGCACUGGCUCGAAUGUGUAGUAUAGAUACAGGACUCACUUUUGCAGCAGUUCACUGUCUGUCUGGAAAACGGCAAGGCUCUCUAGUUCUUUAUCGGGCUGAUAAAUAUCCUGAAGAAAUGCUUGGUCCCAUCACAUUUAUUUGGAAACCUGAGGGUGGCACUAGUACCACUCCUGUAAAUAGAAAAUUGUGGUUAUGGACACAUCCAACUCUCAAACAGGACAUAUUAACGGAACUAAAACUAGUAUGUCAGUGUGUGCAACCUCCAGAAGCAGCUGCCUCUAUCCCUGAAGUAGUUUUGACGCCACAUGAAGAGAAAAGCCACAUUAAACAGACUGAGAAUUGCAAGAAAAGAAAGAGGGAGAGUGAUGGAGAAAAAAAUACUAAUCCAGUGAAAAAAAUUGUGGGUGAUGGAACUAGAAAUCCAUUUCAACCAUAUUCUUGGACAUCCUCAACUACUGGCAUUGUGGUCAGUGAUUUCACAAUGGAGAUGAACAGAUAUCGACUAAUUGGUCCACUAUCUCACAGUAUUCUUACUGAGGCACUGAAAACUGCUUCUGUCUAUACUGAGGUAGAAGAUGCAGAAACAGUACCUCACAGUUGGUGGGUUGAGGCCUGUAAGAAUCCUGAUAGUGUAUCUGUCCAUCAUCGUCAAGAAGCCUUUUUUGAAUUGUUGGGAGGAAUAGCAUCUCCAGCAGAAUUUCCAGCAGGUACCGUCCUGGGUCUGACCGUUGGAGAUCCUCGAGUAAAUUUACCUCAGAAGAAGGCCAAGGCUUUGCCCAGUCUAGAAAAAUGCCAAGAUAAUGAAAAAGUUAGACAACUGCGCCUAGAGGGCGUGCCUGUGGAGUGUGCGCAUAGUUUUAUCUGGAACCAGGAUAUAUGUAAGAGUGUCACAGAGAAUAAAAUCUCAGAGAAGGAGUUAAACCAGAUGAGAAGUGAAUUGAUGGUGCCUGGGUCACAACUUAAUUUAGGCCACCGUGAAUCCAAGAUACCCAUACUGUUGAUCCAACAACCAGGGAAAGUAACUGGUGAAGAUCGAUUAGGAUGGGGAAGUGGCUGGGAUGUCUUACUUCCCAAAGGUUGGGGAAUGGCUUUCUGGAUUCCCUUCAUCUAUCGUGGUGCACGAGUUGGAGGAUUAAAAGAGGCUCUCAUACAUUCUCGGUAUAAGGGAGCACCCAGCAUCCCUGAUGAUUUCCCAGACUGCCCUGCUGGAAUUUUGUUUGCCAGAGAACAAGAAAAUAAUCUUCUGGAAAAAUACAAAAGACACCCGCCAGCAAAGAGGCCCAACUAUGUCAAACAUGGUACUUUGUCACCUUUCCGAUGUCCUUGGGGACAAUUAACUCGAGACUGGGAAUCAAGAAUUACAACUCGGGCAGAGUCUCUGGUAUCUCCUUCUUGUUCGUGGGCAAAUGUCAAGAGUGAUCCUGGGAGAGAAGACCUUUGUGUUGUGGAGGAUGAGCAGGAGUCAAAGCUGUCUUGUGAAGCUGAGACUUUGAAAGACAAGCCAGGAGAGCCAGAAGAGAUGAUGGACACCGAUUCUCCAGGUGCUGCAGUGGCAGGAGACACAACAGGAGAAGGCGUAUGUGGAAAUGACAGUGGUGGGACAAAGGGCACCUUCUGUGUUCUCAGGAGUAGAAAAUUGUUGAAGUUGUUAGCAGCCUGGUGUCAUCCUGUUGCUAGAAGAAAUCGAGUAGCCAUCCAAGCUUCCAGGAUGUAUCAGCAGCAGGAGCUGACGAGGGCUACCUGCCUGCCAAUCUUACGUGACUAUCCAAGGUCCCUGGUGUGGGUCAGCCUAUCUUUGCUCAAAAAGGGAAACCCAGAAUUACACACCAUGAUCUGCAUCCCAUCAAAAGAUGAUAUCCUGCUUCUGAAUGAAGAUCGGCUUUAUGGUGGCCCGCAGGAGUCCAGACACAGUGACCCAUUCAAGGCCAAGGCACGGAAACAGAAAGAAAAGAAAACAGAGAAGGAGCAGAAACAAGGAGGGCAGCACUGUGCCAUAGUGUGUGCAGAGGGAACUCCUGGUUUGUGGCCAGGUUCUCUCCCUGACAUCACUGGCCAUUGCUCUCGGACCCUCCUUGGAUUUGUGACACAAGGAGAUUUCUCACUGGCUGCUGGCUGUGGAGAAGCAUUGGGGUUUGUUAGUUUGACCGGCCUGCUGGAGAUGCUUCUAAGUCAACCGGCAGACAAGAGGGGGCUGGUUUUAUUAAGAACACCGGCAUCUCUGCAGUAUCGAUUUGCUAGAAUAAUUAUUGAUAUAUAAAUGCCGUUUCAUAUGACAGCAAGGUACAAAUGGUGCCAAAGAGAACAUAGCAAACAAAGCCACACAAUUUAAGUUUUUGCUUUUUGCCUUCCACUAUAUAUGUCAUGUGAAAUUGCUUGAAAAAACAAGCUAAAAAUCUAUUGUAGUGUGUUACGUAAAUGAAUGAAAUGCUAACUCAUCAUGUCAUAUGUUUACAUUACUUGGUGGUAUUGACUUCCAUCCCUUGCCUUUUCCUUCAGAAUAUUUAAAUUCUGGCCUGUGUAACUAGAGUUAUUAUUAGUAUUGUGAUUUCUUGUUCUGUAUAUUUUUUGCUUAGAAAUUAUUGAAAGCUAUAGUUUUCUGACAAAGGAGCAGGAUGUUCUGUUUGAAAAGCUUCUUAGUUCAUAUAACUAGUCUAAUGUGCAUUUAAUUACUGUAAAAAAGAGACUUCUCAGUUUGAGUCUUUGUACAUAAUGUACCUUUGUGGGACACAAAGGUGUCCCUCUGUGUAAUUUAACUGCUGACUUGGAGCGAGAACCUGUAACUACCUUAGCCAUGGAGAAGAAAACUAUGACAAAUUUAUGGCUGCUGUCUUGUUUCAAGGCUCAGCCUGCUUAUGGAAAAAUGAGUUGGAUUAGAGCUGGAGCAGGAGCUCAAAUCAGAGUUUGUAUGGCCUUUUCCCAGGCCUGACUGACCAGCAUGUGUCCUUGGGAGUCACUCAAUCUUCCUGUGCCUUGUGCAGCUUCAAAUUUUUCUCAAAGCCAUAGAUGUAUUAGAGUUACCUACCUUAGCAGGGUGAUGGCCAAAUUGUAAGAUACUCUGAAAUUAUAAAGAUAUUCUAUAAGCCAUGUUGUUAUACGCUUUACUGCAAUCUCAUGAUGCCCAGGAAGUGUUAGGCAGCAGAUAAGAAGGGGUGAAUUUACUCGGAACUCCAGCAUCUGUAUACUAAUGAUGCUUAGGAAAAACAUCUGGCACUUUCCAUUUGGGGAAAAACAGAUGGGUCACAAACUAACUUUCCCUCUGCUUCCAGUACCAACCUGCCCCCAUCUUCCUUUCCCUCAGACUGUAUGCUCUGGGCUGUCCUCUGCUGUUGGUUCAGGGGCUUAGAGCAAGAUCAGGCUUGGGACCAGUUUGAAAUUUGUUUUUAUCUUGCAUGUCUAAAUUGAAUGUUAGUGCAUGUUUAUGCAGAUUUAAUUUCUGCAAUAGAAGUUGGUAAUAAAUACCUGUUGGGUGAUGGGAGGGAGGGGCAAGUAAUAAGGAAAAGGCAUACCAAUCUUGAACCAACACUCUAAUUUCCAUCUCCGAAUGCCCUAAACAAUUCCCUGAAUAAAUUUGUAUCCAACCAAAGUAAUAUUUUGACCCUUACAAGAAAAAGAUUUGUAACUAAAUAGUGUCUGUCACGGUAAAUUAAAAGCCACAUCAUCCUAUGAUGUUAUAUGUGUUAUAUGCUAAUGUACAAAUUAUUAAAGACACUUUGCCUAUUGCCUCAGUUACUAAGUGAUUAGAGCUAAUGAGAUCACAUUGAAAGUUCAUUCCCAGGAUUAGUUCCCUUAUCUUCAUCUCCAGACAACCAUCUGCCAUAAUUGGUCAUGAGUGAGAGGGGGAGAGGAGAAGGGAGUGUUGUGGAUACUAGAGACUAGAUGCAUCAAGGCACAAAGCGUGACCACUCUAGGAAAAUAACUUAAAAGCAUCUGCUCUGUUGGUCAGUAGCACCAUUGUUAUGGAAAAAGGACUGGUUCUUGUCAUUAAGGAACUCUAAAAGGACAAUAGAUGGUCAUUAAAUACUUUCCUCCUGUUAAAAAGAAAGGAUAGACAGAUGAAAGGACCUGUUUUCCUUCAUUCUAUUUAUUAUUGGAAUCAAUAAUAAGCCCUACCUAUGUGCCUAUUUGUUUAGCACCAUACUAGAAAAUGGAGGUAUAAGACAAAUGCUUAUCUUGUUGGACAAAUGACUUAGAUAUGUUAAGCAACAAAUUAUGUGGUGCAAACAAGUGUAAUAGCAUACAGCAUACGGAGGCCAAAGGCUCCAAAUUGGAUACAACCUUAGAAUUUAGGAACCAGGUCAGAAAGGGUGAUCCCCUGAAAUAGAAACACCAGCAAGACCCAGCACGAUGAUAGCCUUUCUGUGUUAAGACCUUUUGGCCUACAAAGCACCUCCAUGUACAUGAUCUCAUUUAAUCCUCACAAGUCCUAUUUGAGAGACAAAAUGGGUUUCUUCUACAUAAAGCUAAGAGAUCAUGUGGCUUGUCACAGCCAGUAAUGGAAAGAAAGAGGACCAGAAUCCAGGUCUUCCAGUUCCUAGUACACUGUGCUUUGUACUAAACAUACUAAGUAAAAGUGGAUUCACUUAUCCUGCUGCAGAAGUAGCUGUGCAUGUAGUAGCUGUACAUGUAAGUGGGAUGGUGAUAAGCUCAGAUGAUCUUCUAAGCAGUUAUAAAUGUAAGUUCUUAACAAGAGUUGGUGAUUUGAAUUCUGUUGGUAUAGCCCUUCACUUCUUAAUUUUUUUUUUUGUGAGGCAAUCUGGGUUAAGUGACUUGCUCAGGGUCACACAGCUAGUAAGUGUUACGGGUCUGAGGCCGGAUUUCAAAUUGUAUUUCUAGAUCAUAAAGUAGUUAGAUUUUGAGUUGCUGUGCCCCAAAAUUUCAUUCCCUGUGGUCAGUUUGAUGAUGACCAACUUAAAUUUGCUGGUCCUCAAAAGAUAGAUGUUCAAUCCAUUCCUAGCUUUGUCUUCAAAGUUUUGGUGUGGGACUUCACUGGCAUAGCUUUUAGGAACUUGAAGCGGAAGAGGUCACUUCAGGCCUCAGUGAAGUGUUAGAGUUAAAUUCAUUGAAAGAUAAAUGUCACUUAUACUUUGAUGGGUCUGUGAUCUCAUUGGCACAUGGGUAGUCUGUGGUAGAGGUUCUAGUCCAUCUAUGGCUUCUCCUGAGUGACCCUUUGUCUAUGUCCUCCUAUAAGUCCUCCCUAAGGGUUCUACUCUUGUGCUAGGGGCUUCCUCUCGAUUUCUUUGGUAUUGCAUUAAUACCAGUGGAUCAUGCAAACUGUCUGUUAGUUACUUCUGGCUUUCAUUACAUGGCCUUGUGCAUUUCUGUAAUAGACAAAUUUAUCUCUUGUUAUAUCUUUCAAGGAAUCUUGUGUGAUUUUUGACAGGUGUGGGAGAUGUCUUGUUGGAGGAUGACCUUUAGGGCAACAUUUUGCCCUGCCAAAUUGUAAUUAACCAGAGAUAAACUGUAAUCUUGAAAAUUGUGAAAUGUGAAUGGUAGAUGUAUGUGUGGUUUGUGUGGGGUUUAGAAAAAAGGAGAACCAGAGAGUAAAUCUUUGGUUCAGUGUGUCUCCAAUGCUUCCUGGGAGGGGGAAUGUUCUGAUUCUCAGCAAUCGGUAUUGGUUCUUUAAAAAUAUCUGUGAAGUGGGGGAGAAUUCAUCAGGCUACCACAGCUUGAUGGAUGUAGCCCUAGAUCACCUUCUGAUGUGUCAUUUGGUCUGAAUAAAGGUAUUCUGAGGAAGGGCAUGCCUGUUCUGUGCAAAUGAUCAGUAUCAGUUAUCUUGCUCAAUGUCUCAUAAAUGAAUAAAUUGCCACUCUUGAGUUUGGUUAUUAAUGCAAA